AUAAGAUAAGAUUCCAAAGUCCCACCUUUCAUUUCCCUCUCCUUCCAACCGUCAUCUUCUUCAUCUUCUCCUUCUUCGCCACUCCGCUGAGCUCCGGCGCUCUCCAACCAGCGCCAGCUCAUCUCCACCAUCCCCGCGGUUCCAGUCCGCGGCGGCGGCGGCGGCGGCGGCGGCGGCGGCGGCGGCUCUCUGUCCGCCGGCCUCCGGUUCUGCGGUUCGCCGAAUUCCGGUGAAGCAAAAAUAAGCAGCUAUCAUAGCUGCAUAUUGUACAAAAUUUGCAUUAAUCGAAGACAAAAUGACUCCAGUUAUUCCAUCUUCUGUGAGCAAUAUCACCCUUAUUCCUGGAAAUGCCUUUUUGCGAAGGAAGAAUAACCGAUCUACCCAAUGCGGCAUAUCAGGGACACGGCCAACUCGCACCUCAUUCUCAAGAGGACACAAUUUGCCUCUACCAUCAUCCAUCAUAUUGUUUCCAAGAUUGGGGUAUGGGCUGCGUUGCAAAUAUAGGAGUCACAUACUAUUUGCCACAGGAACUGAUGUAGCAACAGAGGAACAAGAGCCUCCUGUUGCAGAGAAAGAUUCAAGUGAAUCAUCUGAAAGCACACCUAGUGAAGUUGAAACGAGCGAGCAAGCCUCUGUCCAACCAGAAUCAAGUUCAAUGCCUGCUCAAGCUAGACGGUCAAAGCCCGCUAGAAAAAGUGAAAUGCCACCUAUAAAGAAUGAAGAAUUGGUUCCUGGGGCAACUUUUACUGGGAAAGUAAGAUCUAUACAGCCAUUUGGUGCUUUUGUUGAUUUUGGAGCUUUCACCGAUGGCCUGGUACAUGUUUCCCAGUUGAGUGACCGCUUCGUUAAGGAUGUUGGAAGUAUUGUCUCUGUUGGACAAGAGGUAAAGGUCAGGUUACUAGAAGCAAAUAAUGAGACAGGGCGGAUUUCUUUAUCCAUGCGUGAAAGUGAUGACACACUGCAAAGGAGAGAUGCUCCUGCAAGUGGCGAUAGGCCUAGACCUUCUAGAAAAAGUAAUGUUGCACAGAAGAGAGAUGAGGCCAGGAAAAGCUCGAAGUUUGUGAAGGGGCAAGAUCUUAAGGGCACAGUUAAGAAUUUAACCAGGUCUGGUGCUUUUAUAUCUCUUCCUGAGGGUGAAGAAGGGUUUCUGCCAACAUCAGAAGAAUCUGAUGAUGGAUUUGUAAGCAUGAUGGGAGGCUCCUCACUUGAGAUAGGUCAAGAGGUUGAAGUUCGAGUUUUACGGAUAUCAAGAGGACAGGCUACAUUGACAAUGAAGAAGGAAGAAAAUCUUAAGAACUUAGAUGCUCAGCUUAGCCAAGGUGUUGUACAUGUUGCAACAAACCCUUUUGUGCUGGCAUUCCAGAACAACAAGGAAAUUUCUGCAUUUUUGAAUGAGAGAGAAAUAUUGGAGAAACCAAUGGCGCCAACUGCUUCUGAUGAAAUACAAGGAAAAGCAGGCAAAAGUGAAACUGCAUCAGUUACUGAAGUGCUGAGUCAACCAGCAGAUAGCAGCGAAACAACAGCUACGGUCCCUUCCACUGUGAAUGGAGAUACCGCAGCUUCUUCAGCUGGUGUGGAUCUGGGAGACAUUAAAGCAGAUGAGGAGUCAACCAGUUCCACUGUUGAUGAUAAGGAAUCAGAAAUUGCGGCUUUGAGCUUGUCACAAAGCGCAGAUGGUGCUACCCAAGCAGCUGUGGAAGAAGCGGAGGUCAGUCCUGAAGCCUUGACUACUGAAGGGAGUGACUCAUCUGUCGAGUUGGUAGCUGAGGGGGCUUCUCCAACGGAUGAAUUGAUACCUGUGGAGGCGGCUCCGAUGGGUGAAUCGGUAGUUGAGGAGGCUGCUCCAAAUGAUGAAAUGACAAGUAAUGAAGUUCCUGAAUCCUCUGGGGAGACAACUAGUCAGCUCUCAUCUUCAGAAAGCCCAACAGCCGAUGAAGUCACAAAGAGUGAACCAGAAAGUGCGGCUUCAAGCUUGUCACAAAGUGUGGAUGGUGCUACCCAAGCAGCUGUGGAAGAAGUGGAGGUCAGUCCUGAAGCCUUGACUACUGAAGGAAAAGAAUCAUCUGUCGAGUUGGUAGCUGAGGGGGCUUCUCCAAAAGAUGAGUUGGUACCUGUGGAGGUGGCUCCGACGGGCGAAUUGGUAGUUGAGGAGGCUGCUCCAAAUGAUGAAAAGACAAGUAAUGAAGUUCCUGAAUCCUCUGGGGAGACAACUAGUCAGCUCUCAUCUUCAGAAAGCCCAACAGCCUACCAAGUCGCAAAGAGUGAAUCAGAUAGUGCCAUACCAAAAGAGGAAGAACAAAUUGAAAAACCUAAAACUGUAGAUGAAGUUGCUGAUGGAGUAUCUGGAAAAGUAAAUGGGCUAGGAACUUCUACGGAUGAAAAGGGCAGCAUGAUUGGCUCAGAUGUGCAGACAGAUGAUUCUUCUCCAGAUGCUAAAGAUGAUGCAAUCCUGUCUUCAGACAGUCAGAGUGAAGAAGUUGAAGAGACAAAACUCGAUAAUGCCACAAAUGAGCCACUUGAACCAAUAUCUUCAGGUGAUUCUGUGGUAUCUUCUGGAGCACCAAUUGAAGAUGUCACCAAGGAAAAUGGCACUGUUGCUGUAUCCAGUGGAAAUGCUAGCAGUGGUUUGCCAAACAAAAGUGGACCAAAAGCCAGUAUAUCACCAGCUCUUGUAAAGCAGCUUCGUGAAGAAACUGGUGCAGGAAUGAUGGAUUGCAAAAGAGCUCUCUCAGAGAGUGGAGGUGACAUUGUGAAGGCUCAGGAAUUCCUAAGAAAGAAAGGCUUAGCUAGUGCAGAAAAGAAGGCCGGUAGAGCAACUGCUGAAGGCAGAAUUGGCUCCUAUGUUCAUGAUAGCAGGAUUGGAGUCCUAAUAGAGGUAAACUGCGAGACGGAUUUUGUCUCUCGGGGUGACAUUUUCAAGGAACUGGUUGAUGAUCUAGCCAUGCAAGUGGCUGCAUGCCCUCAAGUUCAGUAUCUGGUGACAGAGGAUGUCCCAGAAGAAAUUGUCAGCAAGGAAAGAGACAUUGAGAUGCAAAAGGAGGAUCUCUCGUCAAAGCCAGAGCAGAUUAGAGAAAAAAUUGUUGAAGGGAGAAUCAAGAAGAGGCUUGAGGAGUUGGCACUACUGGAACAGCCCUACAUAAAGAACGACAAGAUGGUAGUAAAGGACUGGGUGAAGCAGACAAUUGCUACCAUUGGUGAAAAUAUUAAAGUUAGAAGAUUUGUGCGUCUCAAUCUUGGAGAAGGAUUGGAGAAGAAGAGCCAGGAUUUUGCUGCCGAGGUUGCUGCGCAAACAACGGCAAAACCUCAAGCACCUCCAAAGCAAGAGGAACCUGUAGCUGCCAAAGCCGAGGAAACUGUUCAAAAGCCACCGACGGUAGCAGUUUCUGCUGCACUUGUCAAGCAAUUACGUGAAGAAACUGGAGCGGGAAUGAUGGAUUGCAAGAAAGCUCUCUCUGAAACAGGAGGCGAUCUUGAGAAGGCUCAAGAGUACCUCAGAAAGAAGGGUCUAUCCACUGCAGACAAGAAAUCAAGCCGCCUUGCUGCUGAAGGCCGAAUUGGUUCUUACAUCCACGACUCUCGCAUUGGAGUGCUGAUUGAAGUCAAUUCUGAGACGGACUUUGUGGGUAGAAGUGAAAAAUUCAAGGAGCUGGUCGAUGAUCUGGCAAUGCAAGUGGUAGCGUGCCCUCAGGUAGAGUUCGUUUCCAUCGAUGAAAUUCCUGAGAGCAUUGUGAAGAGAGAAAAGGAGCUCGAGAUGCAGAGAGAGGACCUCCAGUCGAAACCAGAGAACAUCAGAGAGAAGAUUGUGGAGGGACGAAUUUCUAAGAGACUCGGAGAGCUUGCUCUCCUAGAGCAACCGUUCAUCAAGAACGACUCUCUAUUGGUGAAGGACCAGGUGAAGCAAACCAUCGCAGCUCUCGGCGAGAACAUGAAAGUAAGGAGGUUCGUCAGGUUCACUCUCGGGGAGGCAAUUGAAGAUGCCAAGGCAGGAGAUGAAUAGAAUUAGCGGGCCGAAACCACCUUUGGACGAUCGGCGACACCAAUUUUAGGAGAGAGAAUGAGUUUUGAUCUUACAUAUUAAGAUUAUAUCAAAGUUUGAAUUGCAAUGGUAAUUUGUACGGUGUCUCACCGCGACAGCUACAUUUUGGUGACAGACCAUAGAAAGAGAGCUUUAUAUUUCUUUUAUCCUUA